AUGGAUCUUGAAGACGACGAGAUAGAAGUGGAUCUCGCCGCUGUAGGAUCGAAUAAAGUAAUGCGAUUGCGGGAGCAAUAUACAAACAAAAACAAGCAUGAUUUGAAAAAAAAUUUGGCUGGCGAAUUGGUCGUGCCCAUCACUGCAGCGGAACCCAAGCAUUGCGCUAACUCGCGUCGGUUUAAUGCAUACACGCAUGAGCAUUCAACUCAAGCCCACGAUAGUGUCUACGAAUCGACUUAUGGAUCGCCUCGAGUAGCCUCAGUUCCGACUGGACCACCGUAG